AUGGCCCCAAAUGUCCACGUCAUCAACGAUUAUUACCCCCAGGGUCUGCCGCCGCGGCCCCGGCCCACCGCCAGCUGGAAGGACAGGAACUGCCCAGGCUACUCCCCUUUCUACAAGGUCAACUGGGCGGCCUACAGCCUCAAGACGCGCAACAAGGAGGUGCUGGCCCGUCGGGGCUGCAUGUGGACGGCGCUCGCAGCGCGCACCGUCAUCGACGCGUCCUUCGUCGUGCGAGGCGCGUACGGCAGGAACGUCGCCGGCUGGGCCGUCGGCGCUCUCAUCGUCUUCAUCAUCUUCUUCUUCCUCGCGUGGUGUCUGGCGCAGAUCGGAGAGGUGCAAGGGGAGCGGAGGGUGCUCGGGACGUUGCUGGGACGCCGGCAUUUCGACUUCUUCCUGUUCGGCGCUGCGCUGGUCCCUAUCGCCUCGCUCAUCGGCUUCUUCACUGGCUUGGGGUGGCGCCCGAUGUUCAUUACCUGGCAUGGAAUGUGGCUGUUGAUAUUUGCAGCCGCUUGGAUCACGACUUGGGCUCCGGAGCGGGCAGACACGUACGUCUGA